UUUUAAAAAAAUAAUAAAAUUAUCAUCUUAAUGUUACAAAUAUUAAAAUAAUAAAAUUGUGUGAAAUGUAUGUGAAGCAGUUGAAGCCUAAAAAAAAAGUAACUUCUUUCCCAAAAAAUAAAUAAAAAGAAAGUAACUUUAAAGCAAAAGAUGAAGGAAAAUAGGAAAGAAUAUGUCCCCGGAGAAACCACCAUGGCAUUGGACUGGUUCUCAAAAUUAAAACCUGGAGGAUGAAAUUUUGCAAGAGUUAUGAAAAAUACAUGAAGCAAUUGGGGAAGACCCUUCCCGGGAUUGGAUACAGAAGGCUAAAGAAAAAUAUUAACCAGUGCAGGAAUCAUAUGAAGUCCCAAGAUGAGGCUGUUAGUCCUCUUGAUUGUUCAGUGUGUGACGGGAUUUUUUUCCCUUCCCUCUUUGACGAAAUGUCAGCUGUGGUUGAUUGUUUUGACAAAGAGGCUCGGAAGUUGCUUGACCCACCAUUGUCAUGCCCAUGGGGCAUUUGGAGGUACUCUUGUUUUGACUGCUCAGGAAAUGGGCGAAAAGAUCAUGUUUUGAUGAAAGAGGGUCAAGAACUGCUUAUUUAUGCAAUGGUUAAUGCCAUUGCAUUUAGGAAAAUCCUUAAAAAGUAUGACAAGGUUCAUAAGAGUGAAAAAGGCCGGGAAUUCAAAUCAGGUUCCCAGGUUAAACACAUCAUGAUCCUUCAAUCUCCUUGGUUCCAUGAGCUCAUGUCUUUCCUGAUCAACUUGAGGGAUAGAAAAUUCAAAGAUACAAGCCCAGAUGCGUCGCUGUUUGAAGAUUUAGCCCUCAUGUUUAACAAUGAAAUCCCUUCGAUGAGUUGUGGACUUUUUGAUUCCUUCUGGGUUGAUGUCAAUUUGAUCUGUCCUAUUUGUUUGGAUAUAGUCUUUGAUGCGGUGGCUCUUAGAUGUGGACAUAUCUUAUGCUAUAUGUGUGCUUGCUCUGCUGCUUCAGUGACUAUAGUCGAUGGCUUGAAGGCAGCUACUCCAAAGCAGAAGUGUCCUCUAUGUCGAGAGGCUAGGGUGUAUGGUAAUGCCAUCCGCUUGGACGAAUUAAACAUUCUGUUAAGCAAAAGGUGUCCUGAGUAUUGGGAAAAGCGGCUUGAGUCAGAGAGAGUAGAGAGGCUUCGGCUGGUGAAGGAACAUUGGCAGUCACAAGUGAAUGGUCUCUCAUGACAGUUUGAGCUUUGUUGUUAUAAUUGCCCUCUUUCUAGUGCAAGUGUAUGUUGGGACAAGAUCGAUUUUUGCAAACAUUAGCUCGAAGAGUCUGAUUUUUUGUAACUAAUGUAAAUGUAAUAAUGGUAUAUAUGAUCAUUUCACAUAAGUAUAUAACACUAUAUGUCUAUAACCAUAGAUGUCAUUUUGUUAGCUAACUUAAUUGUAAUUGGUUAAAUAUACAUGGCAAUAUGGCAUCAUAUGUAUCUAUCUUUGUUUUUAAUACUUGAGAAAAUACCAAUAACCUUAUGAAUCUUGUGUUGCUGUUGUGGGAUCAAAUGGUGCUUACACUGCUAUUGUAAAAGGAUUUAGGUUUGAUUUUAACCGCCUCCCAUGCUUGGCCAUGCGUCUGGGCCUACCGAUCUUCCUCUCCACCCUGUUGUUAGGUUUUGGAGCUUCUCCGAGUCAUACGUACAUGAUCGCCAAAUGGACCAAAUACAUGACUAUACUUUUUGUUAUACAUUGAUGAGUGCUUAAGAUGAAAGUUCUACCAUACAAAAAAAAAAAAAAAAAAAUCAAAGUUCUACUACGCUCUUAGACCAAAACAUUCCAAUUAAGCACAUCAAUAUAAAACGGAAAGAGUACUAUUAUUAUAAUGCUACAUUGAUGAGAGCUUAAGAUCAAAGUUCUACUACACUCUUUGACCAAAACAUUCCAAUUAAGAGUAUCAACAUUAGGGUUGUUCAGAGUGCGCUUGCAGUUUGGUGGGUUUGCAUUUUGAAAAUUGUGGUGCGAUUUAUAAAACUAACCAAAUCACGGUUUUGCAGUUUGGUGCGGUUUAAAAAAAAUUAGAUUAAAACGCACCGCAAACCAUACUUUGAUGCGGUUUAUACCGUCAAAUCGUAAACCGUUAAACCAUUUUUAUACUAUUUCUGUUAAAGAAUAUAUAAAAUCUAUUAACUAUUACUAAAACAAAACGUUGCUGAUGUCAUCACUGUCCACAUGUCAUUC